GAUAUAAGUGCGUGCACACUUUAUAUAAAUUACCCCGGGGAAAAAGUGACUGUGAGCAUUAGUAUCUGAAAUCCAGUACGGCAACGGACCACUUACAUGCAGAUAAAAGGAUUUAAGACUGUACACACAGAAACUAAAUCCGAAAUUAUGGAAUUCGACUGUGGAAUAUGGAAAUUUAAACCGAACAUCUUGCAACCGUGUGCAUCCAUUCGAUGGUUCACGACAUUUUUCAGCGUUACUGCACUUCUGACGUCAUCAUUACAAAUGUACAUCAACUCUCAGGUAACAUCAAUAGAAAAACAGUUUGAAUUAAGUAGUAAACAGUCUGGAUUUUUAAUGAGUUGUGAUGAAAUAGGAUUUUUGACAUCAUCUAUAAUAGUUGGAUACAUUGCUCGUCGAGUCCAUAUUCCUAGAGUACUCUCGAUUGCCACUGCAUUUUAUGGCAUUUCGGCACUCAUCUGCUGUAUACCUUAUGUUCUAACUACGUUAAAAGACAGGUCAGAUAACUUUUCUAAAUCACAUGGACGUUUUAAUGUUUCAAAUCCAAAGUUAUCAAAGUUUUCUAGUUAUCUUUGCGCGCCAAAUUUAAAUAUAUCAGAAGACAACUCGGGUAACCCAAGCAUGCGCAGUGACCAAGGCGAAGUGUAUGGAAAUUUGAAAGGCUGGAGUAUGUUUUUAAUUGGCUUGGGAAUGAUGCUUCAGGGUAUUGGUAAAGCCCCGAGAAACUCGAUGCUUGCAGAAUAUGUUGAUGAAAAUGGAAACCGAAGAAAAACAGGAUUCUAUGUUGGCAUCAUCGCAUCUACAGCAAUGUUCGGACCUGUCCUAGCUUUUGGCCUUGGAAGUGUUUUUAGUAACCUCUAUGUUACUUUAGAAGAUGUUCCUAUCAAACCACGUGAUCCAAACUGGAUAGGAGCUUGGUGGCUGGGGUUUCUAGUGUUUGGAAUUAUGUCCAUAGUUUCAGCGGUGCCCAUCUUUCUGUUCCCAAGAAAACUGUUAGAAAAUACAAAUGCAUCCCCCUUGAAAAUCAAGAGACGUACACAUGAAACAAAACUAUCUUUUCUGCACACUGAAAUAAAAGGACUUUUCAAGGCGAUCUGCAGGAUAUUUUCCUCCCCUCUAUUUAGCCUGACUCUAUUUGCCGCUGUUUUACAAUUACUAUCAGUAUCUACGUAUUUGACAUUUCUGGUAAAAUAUUAUGAAAACCAGUUCCAUUUACCAACAUGGAAAUCUAAUUUGGUUAUGGCUGGCUGUACCAUAACUUCAUUAUGUAUCGGAACGUUCAUUGGAGGGGUCGUAAGCAGGAAGUACUCCAUGUCACCAUUCAAAACUAUGACGUCACUUCUUGUUUGCCAAGCAGCAAGUACUAUUGUUUUUGCAGCAGGAAUUUUUAUUGGCUGUGAACAAUCAGCAUUUGUCGGACCAACGGAAUAUGGGUAUUGCGGGAUCAUGACAAAUGCAACAUAUGUGGACGCCUGUAACUGUAAUCAAAACAGUUACUUUCCUGUGUGCGGGUCAAACAGUCAAACAUAUUUCACUCCAUGCUUUGCAGGCUGUACAGGCGUAGGAAAAAGGUUGUUUACAAAUUGUACGGGCAUUGAUGAUGACAAGCAAACUACACACUUUGGAAACUGUGUUUCGGACUGCAAUGCCUUAUAUUGGUAUGUGGGUGUUAACGUGGUUACCAGUUUAUUAACAGCUGUUAAGAUAAUGCCGUUAUACAUUGUUAAAUUACGGAGUGUUCCGAAUGAAGACAAAGCUUUGGCUAUGGGUCUCUCGUCGUUUGUAACCUCUCUUCUUGGAUGGCUUCCAGGACCGCUUAUUUCCGGUGGACUGAUUGAUUCUACUUGUUUAGUAUGGAAAAAAUCACAUGGUGUUCGUGGAUCAUGCGCACUCUAUGACAAUGACGUAUUUCGUCUGAAACUCCAUGGGUAUUCGUUAAUUGGACGUAUACUGGUUAUUGUCAUAUUAUGUUAUUGUUGUUUCUACACAAGAAAGAUGAUCACGUGGAGCACCAUACCACAACCAGUACAAAAGGAAGUUUCUGUACAUGCGCAAGACAAAGAUAUGAAUGGUAAUCCAGGACAUGAAUUGAAACCGAUGAUUAAAAACACUGAAUAUGAUUAAGUCAUUAGAAAAUGUAAUAUUACAAAUCCACAUCUUAUUCACCUAUAUUUGCAUACUUAGUAUUUGUAUGAUAGUUUGUAGAUUUUUUACGUUUUUUUAUCAGUAUAUGUUUAUAGAAAUAACUUCCAGUUACUAGAGCUAAGAUAAUCUGUACCUGAUUUAGUCAUUGGACAAUCAAAUAUGACAAUUGCACAUUUUUUCCACUUGUAUUUGGAAAUUUAGUAUUUGUUUUAGUUUUCAAAUUGUUUCAUUUGAUUUAUCAAUAUAUGCUUACUAGAACACACCCGUGAUAUCGCGGGUCCGUGACUAAAUUAAAGUAUAUAACUAUGCGCAAGCCUUAUUUUAGUAUUAGUAUUGUCAUUUGAUAAAGUCAUGGCGAUUAUUAGAUACACAGUUUUCUCUGCUUUCAAAUCUUACUGUUUGAACCCGUCGAACUGGAACUUAUCAAUUAUUGGUAAUAUUAAUUAUUUGGAAAACAAAAGGUUCUUGAAUGGAGUAUUUUUUAAUCAACAGCAGUGUCAUAUAUAAGUUAUAAAUAAAGUUAAAUUCUUUGAUUCUCUGUUUUACGUCAUGUCCGUUAACAAAUUGAAAACUGUACCUAUACG